AUGCAUCCGGCCGCCCCCUAUGCUGUCUUGACAGAUGCAAAUCGAGACUCAGAUCUUAGUUCCAGCAAGAAGCCCGACGCUACGGAGGUCCACCAUCCAUCCGCUGCUGCAAGUCGGCAGCCGUCACAGCUGUCACCACCAUCAAACCAGCUUUGCCAGCCAUUCCCAAAGCCAGACCUCCGGCUCCCUGUUACACAGCCACUUCGUCGGCCAACUCUCAGAAACCGGUUCGCCGAUCCUCAAUACCCGAUUCAAAUGAAUUAUAUUUUAGUGACUCUUUUUGGAAGUAACAGUGUUCAAUUUUCUGGUAUAUCACUCACAGAUUUGGACUCUCCCUAUGCCCACUAA